CUUAAAUUGAAAUAUCAUUAUCGUUGGCUUUAAUCUAAAAUUACCCCUUGUGCGAAAUGGCGAAGAGUGGAGUUUCGAGUUGAGGGAAAUGGCAGCUCCUGGGAAAUGCUUGCUGGUGACUGGCCCUCCUGGUGUGGGCAAAACCACUCUUAUUAUGCGAGUCUUUGAGAGCCUUAAAACCUCAAACCCAAACUUGGAGAUUCAGGGUUUCUACACUCGUGAGAUUAGGGAAGGAAGUGAAAGGGUCGGCUUCGAAGUCGUCACUUUGGACGGUCGAAAAGCUCCGCUCGCCUCAUCCAGCAUUUCUACGCCAGAGUCCUUGAGAUGGCCUACUGUUGGGAAAUAUAAAGUUGACUUAGCAUCAUUUGAGUCGCUGGCAUUACCUGAGUUGCAGGUCAAAGAAGAUGCUGAUCUCUUCAUCAUUGAUGAAGUUGGAAAAAUGGAGUUGUAUAGUUCAUCAUUUUUCCCUGCUGUUCUAAAAGUUUUAGAGUCAAAUGUCCCAGUUUUGGCUUCAAUCCCUGUUCCUAAAUUUGGCCGUGAUAUACCUGGAGUUGCGAGGUUGAGGAAUCAUCCAGGGGCUACUAUUUUCACCUUAAGCCCAAAUAACAGGGAUGCUGUUAAAGAACAGAUCUAUAGGCAGCUGGUAGAUUCACUGCGGAAGCUUUAGAUGCUGCAUCCAUUGUGAAACUUGUAAGUCUAGUUGGAGAGGCUUGUAGGACAAAUAUCAUCAUGGUGUUCUAUUGAUAGAAUAUCUUUUCUUUUUCACUUUAAUCUUGUCAUCUCAUAUUGCUACAGACUUGGUGAAGAGUUCAAAUUACAUUAUUCGUCAAGUGGUUCGUAUAACUAUUUACAAAAAGAGACCAUAAAGGUCGUUUGGUAUAA